AUGAACACAGAUGGAGGCUGGAGCUGCAAGCCGGCUGCUGAAGGCCGAAGUUCUGUGACUGAUCAAUGUGUAUACUCAAUACCAAUCAGUCUGAGUAUUCAACAAGAGCAGUACAUGCUUGAAGCUGAUAUCUGUCCAAGUGAUGCGGAGCUCAAAAGCCCAUACAAUACUGGAUUGUACGAGUCUCUGUCCGAUCUUGGUCAGCAAGGAAGCAACUCAGUUAGUGAAGAGGGUCGCGAGACCACUCAAGGCCCGCAUAUGAUUGCUGUAAUCGCCCUGCCGUCUACUGCAUGUCGAAAAACAAGUUGGAGGUUGAUCAUGGGAACGGUGAUAGGGAAGGUGAGGGUUACCCUGGCAGCCUCACCUCUCAAUCUGGACUUAGCUCCGAAUUCUGUAGACGAGGACCGGCGCCAGCCAGCUCCUGUCACCACGCUGAAUGUACAAUCACACAUUUCAGCUGGAAGGGCUAUGACCAAGAGGUCCCAUGAUAUUGCCACGAGUUCGCAUGCAGGACAUUCAGAUCGACAAGCGUCUGAUGAUGUAGAGGGCAAUGGAAGUCAGGACGAUGCAAAUGGGUCUGCGUUGAAGAGGCCUCGAUCAUUCAUGGCUACCUUGGUCAGUGUGCCUUCACUGUCUAUUCCCGCUCGUGUGUUGACUUGA